CUCAAGUCCACUUGACUAUGUGUUUGAUCCGGUAGUGACCCUGGUAACCAUGCAAUCAGGAUACCCAUCCGAUGCAGCGUCCUAUUAUGGAGCAGCGACUCAGCCCUUCGCAUUCGAGGCCAAGAAUGGCAUGAAGUCAGCCUUCGGCAGAUCACAGAGGAGAAACAUCAACCUUCCGGCCCUCGCCCUGUGUCUUCUGCUGCCAUGGCUGAUUUUUGCAAUGGUGUACAGUCUUUGCAGCCUCAGCGUGCACUAUGAAAGCCCUGGGCUCGUCGUAGUGGGAGAGGUAGUCGCUGGAGCUAUCGUCCUACUGGUUGCCUACGCCACCCUGCAAAAUCUCAGGAGUGGAGAGGAUGGACAGCCGGGCUGGUACUUCUUCCUGCUGCUCUGCUGUGCUGGCCACCUGGCGUUGGGAGUGGUGCUUGGCAACAUGAACUACAGGGCCAACUUGGUGCCUUUCAUGGAUGUCAACAACAUGAACAUGUACGACAUGGUGAACCCAGCAGAGAGCAAAGGAAACCAGCUGAUGGAUGCGGGCCGCAUCCAUUUUGUCCCCGAAGCAAAGCUCGACAUCAGCAAAUCCAUGGGCUUCAGGAACAUGGACACCUACUGCGUGGUUCCCAUUUCAAUUGGGGAGCAGGCCAACUACGACUUUUGGGCCGUAGGCCUGAAUUGCUGCUCAGGGCAUGUGGCAGACUUCCACUGUGGUGAGUUCAACAACCCCGGUGCGCACUCCGGGCUUCGGCUGAUGAGGGACGACUUGCGCUCGUACUACCGCCUAGCCGUGGACCAAGCGACAGCUGCCUACAACAUCAAUGCAAACCAUCCCAUCUUCUUCUAUUGGAUGCAGGACCCGGCGACGGAGAUCAGCGCUUACGAGAGUGCAGCAUACACCAAUUGGAUGGUGGGCAUCUUCGUGGCCCUGGGGGUGCAGCUGCUGCUGGUGGUGGUCGCCACGGUUGCCUUUGCCAAGCUGAGCUGAGUAGAACUUGCAGCUUGCGGCAGAUUGCAGACAGAGAA